AUGGCUGACAAAUGGAGCCCAUCAGUUAAAAACACUUCAGAUGAAAUAGUGGAUAUUCUGUGUGAACCGUGUGAGAAAGAUGGUAAACGGAUUGAAGCGGCAGGAUAUUGCUCGGACUGUUCAGAAUAUCUGUGUAAACACUGCUAUACCUACCACAGAAAACUGAAAGUAUUUCAAAACCAUGUUCUUCUCGAUAAAGACAAAAUGCCACAAAUACCAACGUCCGUUUCCGUAAAGGACGUGUGCCAGCAAAAAUGUGGUUCACAUGGGGAUGUAACUGUUGAUUUUUUCUGCGGAUCAUGCAACUCCCUUGGAUGCAGUGUAUGCAUUGCACUCAAUCACCGACAAUGUCAAAACGUAAAUCAUAUUCCAGACAUAGCUAAAGGGACUGAAUGCAUUGAGCAGGUCAGAGAAUUUUCCAAAAAUAUAGACGACAUAUGUCAGCAGCUCAACAGUAGUACAAACUCUGCUGAUGCAAAUAUUCAAGAUUUUAGUAAAAUGUGCAUCAGAGCGAAAGCAGAACUUAAAAGACAAAGGACUGAUGUCAACAGAUUUUUUGACAGUCUUGAAUAUAUGAUGGAAACACAGAUAAAUGAUAAGGAAAUUGAUAUCAACAAUGAGCUUCAAGACGUCUUGAGUCACAAAAUAAUGGCAAUAACAGAUUUGCAGAACAUUAAAUCCGACCUUGAAACCAAAAUGAAAACUGGACAAAAAUGCGAACUGUUCAUAGCCAUGCAAAAAGCUAAACAUAUCUUGGAAAGAAAAAGAGGUGAUCUAAAGAAAGAACCUCAAAAGAAAAAUAUUGAAUACAUACCCUCAUUACAAAUUGAAGACAUGAUGAAAAGAAUAAACAGCAUGGGCAGUGUUGUAGUUAAAGGCUCAGAGAAAAUGAGCACAGCAAAAGUAAGGACAAAGGUCAAUCUCCGCACAAGCAAAGAUAAGGCAUCUCCUGUAAUAAGUGGACUGUGCGUGUUAUCCGAUCACAAUGCUAUUGUUGUAGAUAAUGGAAACAAGAAAGUGAAAGUAGUAGAUUUGAAAAAGUUAUGUGUGGUUUCAGAGAAGAACAUGAUCACAAGACUUUGGGAUGUUACCAAGGUAGCAGACAAUCAAGUGGCUGUUACGCUUCCGGAUGAAAAGAAAAUCCAGUUUUUGACAUUAUCUAAGGCAGGUACGCUAAGUAAAGACCAUCACAUCAAUGUUCAGGGUGAGUGUGCAGGGAUUGCAUGUUGCAGACAAAAUCUGAUCAUCUCUUGCAUCACUUAUGUUCAAAUUCUCGACCUGAAAGGGACUGUUAAGCGGAAUAUCUUUGCUGAUGUGAAUGGAGAAAGCUUGUUUAAAAGGGCACUUUAUCUCGUCUUAAGUCCCGACCUUGAAACAAUAUACGUAUCAGAUAACGUUAAGAAUACAGUAACCAGGGUUACAUUAGAUGGAAAGGUGAAGGAUGUCUACAGGGAGCUGACUGAGCCGUAUGGAAUAGUAGUGGACAAUGAAGGUUGUGUCUUUGUUGCGAGUCUGGAAUGUCAAACAUUCAUCAGUUGUCUAUUAACGUGGCAGAGUGGGGAUACUGAAUAUACCGGUUGGGUGCAUAGCAUAUUCAUGCAAUGA